AUGGGAUUUAAUUACCUAGUCACGAUAUUUUGGAGGAGCCCAAUCACAGUCUUAGGCUAUUUGAACAGAUGCGCGAAUAAACUCAACUCGAGACUUUCGUGGCUCCAGGUUCAACAAAUUCUUUGCUUCCAACUUGAGGCCGGCACUGCUGUACAGCCACUUGCAUAG